AUGAUCAUCGCAGCCCUUUUCAACCGGCCAUUCUAUGGUUCUAUGAUUCGGGGUGCUGAGGUGGCAGGGAUGCUGAGAAAGGCGGGAUGUUGGGGUGCCUGGGGAUGGGGGAGGUGGGUGCAUUAGGGCGCCGGUGCCGGGGCUGAGGUCCUGGAGGUGCAGCGCUGUGCUGCUGGGGCGCCGAGGGAUGGAGGGAUGCGCAGGGUCCCUGUGGUGGGUGCUGGGGUGCUCAGGAAUCGCGACACCCUUUGUCAGCACCGUCCGCCCCGCAGCGCCCGAUGCCCGUCCCCACCCGGCGCCAUGGCCGAGAGCAAGAUCGCGGGGCUGUACGACCUGGAGCGCACGCUGGGUAAGGGCCACUUCGCCGUGGUGAAGCUGGCCAGGCACGUCUUCACGGGGCAGCGCGUGGCCGUCAAGGUGAUCGACAAGAGCAAGCUGGCGGGUGAGGCGGCGGGGCAGCUGCUGCAGGAGGUGCGCUGCAUGAAGCUGGUGCAGCACCCCAACGUGGUGCGCCUCUACGAGGUCAUCGACACCCACGCCAAGCUCUACCUCAUCCUGGAGCUGGGCGACGGCGGCGAUAUGUUUGACCACAUCAUGAGGCACGAGGGCGGCCUGGCCGAGCCCCGCGCCAAGCAUUACUUCGCCCAGAUCGUCCACGCCAUCUCCUACUGCCACAAGCUGCACGUGGUGCACCGCGACCUUAAGCCCGAGAACGUGGUCUUCUUCCAGGAGCAGGGGGUGGUCAAGCUGACGGACUUUGGCUUCAGCAACCGCUUCCAGCCCGGCAAGAUGCUCACCACCAGCUGUGGCUCGCUGGCAUAUUCAGCACCGGAGAUCCUGCUUGGGGAUGAGUACGACGCUCCAGCUGUGGACAUCUGGAGCCUGGGGGUCAUCCUCUACAUGCUGGUAUGCGGACAGCCGCCCUUCCAGGAGGCCAACGACAGCGAGACGCUCACCAUGAUCAUGGACUGCCGUUACACCGUGCCCCCGCACGUCUCCGCGCAGUGCUCCGACCUCAUCUCCAGGAUGCUGCAGCGGGACCCCCGGCAGAGAGCCUCCCUGGAGCAGAUCGAGGGCCACGCGUGGCUGCAGGGGGUGGAUCCGUCCCCCGCCAGCCGCUGCCUGCUGCCCCUUACCUCGCACAAACGCGUGUCCCAGGAGGAGCACGAGAUCAUCAUCCAAGCCAUGACGUGCGGGCACAUCGCUGACCGCGACGCCAUCCAGGAGGCGCUGGAGGCCGACCGCUACAACCACAUCACGGCCACCUACUUUCUGCUGGCCGAGAGGAUGCUGCGGGAGAAGCAGGAGGAGCAGAGCCGCCGUCAGAGCCUCCUCUACGACCUGGCCAAGCAGGUGCAAAGCAGGACCGACCUCUCGGACACGUUCGGCCCCGGGGGUGGCACUGCGGGCUGUCAGCCCGUAGCAGAGGUUCCUGGUAGCUCCCAGCCCAGCGGCGGGGACGGCAGCCGCGGCCGUCAGGCCCCCCGGUUGCUGCUGAAGGCUCCCACCAUCGAUACGGCCAUCACCAAAAGCACCCCGGCCCUGCAGCAAAUCUGCGAGGAGGAAGAAGAGGAGGAGGAAGAGGAGUGCAGACCCAGCGUGAUGGAGAGGAAGAGCAGCUCCUUGAACCAGGAGCAGAUGCGAGAUUUCCUCCGUGCCGGGGCCCGUCGGCCGCCGUGCCGCGGGGAGGUGCUGGGCUGGGGGGCCGAGCCGGGGGGCCGGGCGGGGUACCGGGCCGCCAGCGGAGCCCGAGGGCCCCCGGAGCCGCGGGGGAACAGGAGGGGCGGCGCGGGGACCCCCGAGGGCAGGGAGGGCUCGGGGCGUCCCGGGGAAAGGGGAGGCGUCCCCGCAGCCUCCCCAGAGCCGAAGGAGAAAUGCCCCGGGGUCCCCAGGGGGGCGGGGGGCAGCGAGGGGGAGGCGGAGAACGUGAUAAAGCUGGACCCGGGUAAAGGCAAGAGCGGCAGCCUGAGGGAGCGGCUGAUGCAGUUCCCGCUGUGCGAGAAAGCUCUGGCCUUCAAGAUCCACCCCGGCCCCAAGGAGAGCCUGCUGUCCCUGGGGCAGUUCAACUGCUGCCACGUCAUUUAGCCCCGCGGCCGGACGAGGGACGGCGGGCGUUUUUUAACUCCUAGAGAUGAUUUUUUUAAAUAGUCUAUUUUAAUGUAACGACAUGGAGACGCUGCAUCCCCCGCUGAGCUCCUGUGGGCCACGGCCUCGCGUCCCCAGCCUGCGCUGUUACCCCCCGCCCCCCACGACGCGCUUCCUAUUUAUUACCUCUUUGUUUUCUUGCUGGCAAGAAAUGAACGCACGAGGCGGGGGCCGCCGCUCGGCCCGGGCUGCGCUGCACUGAGUGGAUGGGAGCCGCCGGGAAGCAAAGUUCGUCGGUGCAAUAAAACCGCGCUUCGGUUUGA